AUGGAGGUUUCAGAGGGGCACGGGGGUGAAGCAGACAAGCCACUAGAGAAGGUGACUGAUGAGCCCUUCUUGGAGAGGAGCUCCAGCCCCAUCCGUGCCGGAGACUCACUGGUGCGCCACGCCAAGGGCCUGGAUCAGGACACCUUUAAGAUUUGUAAAGAAUACCUACGGCCUCUGAAGAAGUCCCUGCGAAAGCUCCACUUGCCCACGGACCUUCCCCAGAAAAAGAAGCUCAAGUACAUGAAGCAGAGCCUGGUGGUCCUAGGGGACCACAUCAACACCUUUCUGCAGCACUACUGCCGAGCCUGGGAGAUCAAGCACUGGAGGAAGAACCCGAAGUGGUCGUCCGAGCUAGGAGUCACAGUUUGUAAAGGAAGAACUAAAACGCAGAGGGCCAAGGCCAUUUGCCGCAGAUCACAGGUGGCAUUCUGCCCCUUUGAUGCUCUGGAGGGCUCCUUGCUGGCCAACCAGGAAGACUGUCUGCCCAAGCUCUGUACGGCCUGGGGACUGCACAGCAACAUCAUGGGCAUGAAGGAGAGGCUGUCCAAAAUGCAGAGCCCAGCCCGGAAGCUGGCCCUGCUGGGUGAGCUGGGGUCCCAGGUCCAUGUUGGAGGAGGUCCUUUAAGGAAACUUCCUCGAAAAUCAAAACUGAAGCGGAUGAAGAUUAAGGAAGCCUCAGACAAUGGCCCGUAG